AUGCGUACUCCAGAUCCCUUUGGGGACGAGUAUCAUCAUGAGCCUACCAUGAACCCUUCUCAUGUCACCAGCUAUACCAAUCGUACUCCGUCUCCGGGACACCCCUUGAACUCCUACCAGCUUGAAGAUAACCCCUACGCUCCUGCAGGGCACCUGCCUAUGCCCUCAAGCGAUCGCCUCGCCGACCAACCCACCUACUCGGUCGAGAAUAUUCAGAAUUCUUACGGUCACAAUGAAGCCUACGAAGGUCACCAGCCCUAUGGAUACAGCCAUGAUUAUGCGAUUGACACCGAGGCGCACCACGACGCUUACUAUACCCACCCUUAUCAGCCCGCGCUCACUCCGCACGAAGACUACGACCUAGGUUCAUACGCCGAGCCUACCCACACCCCUUAUGAUGACAAUGCGCCCAUGUUACAGACGGAUGAAGAUCCCUUCGGGCCGGACCCGUACAGCGCUGAUUUCCAGGAUGAGCCUCGCCCUACCCCGAGCCCUGCUCCCAUUCGACGAUGGAAGACCGUAAAGGAAGUUCAAUUAUUCAACGGGAAUCUCGUGCUGGAUUGUCCGAUUGCGCCGAAGUUGCUCAGCCAGGUGCCGCACGCUGAAGCCCCCGGCCGUGAUGAGUUCACCCACAUGCGCUAUUCCGCCGCGACUUGUGACCCUGCGGAUUUCUUCGAAGAGCGUUUUACCUUGCGCCAGAAGCUUUUCGCGAAGCCCCGCCACACUGAGUUGUUUAUUGUCGUGACUAUGUACAACGAGGACGACUUCCUGUUCGCGCGUACGAUGUCCGGCGUCUUCAAAAACAUCGAUCACAUGUGUUCGCGCACCAGCAGUAAAACCUGGGGCAAGGAUGCUUGGAAGAAGAUCGUGGUCUGCGUUAUUAGCGACGGUCGAGCGAAAAUCAACCCGCGGACCCGUGCGGUCCUGGCCGCUCUGGGUGUGUACCAGGACGGAAUUGCCAAGCAGCAGGUCAAUGGCAAGGACGUGACAGCCCACAUCUACGAGUAUACUACCCAAGUCGGUUUAGAGGUUAAGGGUACUCAGGUUCAUCUGAAGCCCCGCUCAGGUCCGCCUGUGCAGAUGAUAUUCUGUCUCAAGGAAAAGAACCAAAAGAAGAUUAAUUCUCACCGCUGGUUCUUCCAGGCGUUCGGUCGUGUCUUGGAUCCCAACAUUUGCGUCCUUCUCGAUGCUGGUACCAAGCCCGGUGGUGACUCUAUCUACCACCUGUGGAAGGCAUUUGACGUCGAGCCCAUGUGUGGUGGUGCUUGUGGUGAGAUCAAGGUCAUGACUUCAAAGGGAAAGAAGCUCUUCAACCCUCUGGUUGCUGGCCAGAACUUUGAGUACAAGCUUAGCAAUAUUCUCGACAAGCCUUUGGAAUCUGCAUUCGGUUUCAUUUCCGUAUUGCCCGGCGCUUUCUCUGCUUACCGAUUUGUCGCCUUGCAGAAUGACAAGAACGGUCAGGGUCCGCUCGAGCGAUACUUCCUUGGUGAGAAGAUGCACGGUGCCAAUGCCGGCAUCUUCACCGCCAACAUGUAUUUGGCUGAAGAUCGCAUUCUAUGUUUCGAGAUUGUGGCUAAGCGCAAGUGCCGUUGGUUGCUUCAGUAUGUCAAGUCAUCGACAGGUGAGACCGAUGUACCGGACCGCAUGGCCGAGUUCAUUCUCCAGCGCCGUCGUUGGUUGAACGGUAGUUUCUUCGCUGCUGUCUACGCCAUCACCCACUUCUACCAGAUUUUUCGCAGUGAUCACAGCUUCCUGCGCAAGUUCGCGUUCAUGAUCGAGUUCAUUUAUCAAACAGUGGCGAUGAUCUUUGCGUGGUUCGGUAUCGGUAACUUCUUCUUGGUCUUCCACAUUCUCACGACAUAUCUUGGUGACGACGACCUCCUCGGCACCGCCGGUAAAAUUUUGGGUAUUGUCUUCGAAUGGCUCUAUUUGGCAACCUUGGUAACGUGUUUCGUUCUCGCGCUCGGUAACCGACCCGGUGGAUCGAACAAGUUCUACAUGACUAUGGUGUAUUUCUGGAUCGUGAUUAUGAUAUACCUGUCCUUCGCGGCAGUCUUUGUCACAGUGAAAUCCAUUGAAGCGGAAGUCGAAGCGGACAGUUUCACUAUUAGCGAUCUGUUCACCAACAAGACCUUCUUCUCGAUUAUCGUCUCACUCGGUUCGACCUACGUCAUGUGGUUCAUCGCAUCAUUCAUCUUCCUGGACCCCUGGCAUAUGUUCACCUCGUUCAUCCAGUAUAUCCUGCUGACCCCGACCUACAUCAACGUGCUCAACAUCUACGCCUUUUGUAACACCCAUGACAUCACGUGGGGAACCAAGGGCGAUGACAAGGCCGAGAAAUUGCCGUCCGCACACCUCAAGCCCGGCGGCAAGGUCGACGUCAAUAUUCCUCAGGACGACGGCGAUCUGAACGCGCAGUACGAGGCCGAGUUGCAUAAGUUCUCCAUGAAGCCGCCGAAAGAGGUCCAGAUCAUCUCGGACGAGGAACGCCAGGCCGACUACUACAAGGGAUUCCGCAGUGCGGUCGUGUUGGCCUGGGUAUUUUGUAACUUUGCCCUCGGUGCCGUGGUCCUGUCAGCCGCUGGUCUGGAAACCUUCGACAAGACAAGCACGAGUACGAGCUCGACCACGGAUCUCACGCAGAACGAGCGCUCGCUCAUUUACAUGGAAGUUGUCUUGUGGAGUGUCGCUGGGCUUUCCUUGUUCAAGUUUAUCGGUGCAAUGUGGUACUUGGUGGUUCGAAUGUUCCGAGGCGUUUGA